AUUUUUCUCAGCUGCUCUUGCCUGGUUGUAAGUCAAACACUGAUGGCAGACUCGAAGAGUGACUGAACAAAAUUGUUCAUAAUGUCAUACGUGUCAGCUCAGUCAGUACUCCCGGAUGAGUGGUAAUUUAGAGAAUAAUACCAGCCAGAGCAUUUUCUUGGAAGAGCCUGAGGAAGCAAACUUGUCCAUUCACAGUCCGCAAGGAACAAUCUUCCCUAUGAGUUCAUGAAUAAGUGCUAAUCUUUUCUACACGACAAGACUCUUCACGGAAUGAAUCGUUUAAUAAUUUGGGGCCAACAAGAAGGGUCGGUGUCAUUCCUUCAGCGUCUCAGGAACAUCUAAUCACGUCGCCGCGGCCUUUGGUGGGCGCCGUGAGCUAUGACGCUUGGGAUCCGACAAGUUUUUGCUACUCUUUCUUUUUGUGCUCGCAUUAGAUGACGCAUAAAUCUGGCACUGGAGAUGACACUGCAGGAAUAACAUGUUCUCGUGAGGCUUUUUGUGGCCGUUAGGAGUAUAAAAGCCAUAAUUUUACAGGUUGCCAAAUUGAAUUUAAUUGACGUCACUUAUUUAUGGAAGUCCUGUGGCUGAUGGCAGGUUCGGUCUCAUGCUGAGGGUUCCGCCGCCGCUGCCUCGCUGGAUGAACCUUCUGUUCCCCUACACGAUGAUGGUGUGGGCGCUGUUGGGAGGAGUGAUGGUGCUGGUGGGCCUGACCUUCUACCUGCUGAACCUAAGGACACAUCCCCUGUCACUGGCGAGGAGCUUCUUGGUAACAGUGAAGGUGAGGUUUUAUAGUAUCACAGAUGAACGUCACUGGAAAAAACUGGAUGUAAGACUAAGAUGUGGUGAGGUUAGAAGUUCCAUUUUGAUUAGGGUGCUGGGUGGUCUCUGCUCUCUGGUCUGCAAAACUUGCUUUCUGCAUUACAUUUUGCUUCCGAGCCCACCUGAUGGCGUCCUUGGGCGAUGGGCAACACUUGUAGUCGUUCUUUAUGGGUGGGACGAGUCACUGGGCGGCCACACACGCUAUACCACUUCUCGUGUUGUCCAGGCUCCCUCCACCACGCGGCACUUAUUUGCACCCAUGUCAGCGUGUCUGGGUUGGCGGCAGGGCAUGGUGGGGCAGUCGGUGGGGCAUGUGCCAGUCUCGUGGGUGUCGCGAAGCUUCCUGGGGCUGUGGUGGUUCGUCAUGCUGGUGCUCGACAUCUCGUACACCUGCAACCUGAUCGCCGUGCUCACCGUGCCCGUCUAUUCCGCCAGGAUUCACAGCUUCGAACAGCUUGCCCAAAGUGACCUCAGGGUGUGCAUGCUGGACUAUGGGGAGUUCGUUCCUGAGGCGCUGCUCACCUCCACAGACACUUCUCUGGCCACCAUCGGGGCCAAGGUGGAUUUAUCACCAGAGGAUAAGACGCUGCGCUUCUCUGGCGAGGAGGCGUGUGUGGAACAGGUGAUGGCUGGCACUCACGCCCACAUAGAAACGUUCUCUUACUUAAAAAUUCUAUACCGUAUUCUCGGAGGCAACGCUGACGUGUAUCAUCUGAAGGUCCAGCUGUACCAGGGCAACUUAGCCUUUUUAUUCAGGAAGAGCACACCCUGGAGGCAUAAGUUCAACAUGGGCCUGCAGCGGCUGGUGGAGGCGGGGCUGGUGUACAAGUGGCACUCGCAAAUUAUGGACAAGUUUCCCGCCGGUAAAGGAGAGAGGAGGGAGCGUGAGCCUACGGAGCUGACCCUCGGCCACUUGCAGAGCUCCUUUCUUAUCCUGGGACUUGGCGCGGGGUUGGCGGUAGUAAUCUUCCUGGUGGAAUUUUUCCUUUAUCCCCGCCAAGCCAGCCUUGCCAAGCCUCGAGGCGGUGCGUAUACUGUCUAUGUCCUACAGUGUUCAGCGGAGCACGACAACCGCCCCAGAUAGAGGAAUCUAAGCACAACAAACUUACAUGUUAUUUUGGCAUCUUAAUUUUGUGUACUUCAUCACAACACACACAAAAUGCACAUUUUCAGUGUGGUCAUCAAAUACCAGAUUUUCUUGCAGC